AUGCAGCGUGAGGAACUAGGCGAAGAGCAGAACCCCAACCUGCAGCUCCAGCAGCUCCAGAUGCAGCAGCAGCAGCUCCAGCAGCAGCAGAUGCAGCUCCACGCGUUCUGGCAGUCGCAGAUCCACGAGAUCUCGCAGAUCGACCCGGAGGUCCAGGACUUCAAGACGCAUCAGUUGCCGCUGGCGCGUAUCAAGAAGAUCAUGAAGUCCGAUGAAGACGUUCGCAUGAUCAGCGCCGAGGCGCCCGUGCUCUUUGCCAAGGCCUGCGAGAUGUUCAUCUUGGAGCUGAGCCUGCGGGCAUGGAUCCACACGGAAGAGAACAAGCGCCGGACGCUGCAGCGCAACGAUAUUGCCAUGGCCAUCACCAAGACGGACACGUUUGACUUUCUCAUCGACAUUGUGCCCCGCGAAGACAUCAAGCUCCCGGGCAAGAAGGAAGGCGCGAUGGACCCGCAAAUGGUGUACCAGCAGCAGUUGCAGCAGCAGCAAGCAGCCAUGCUGCACCAAUUCAUGCAGUCGCAGGCGGGCGGCAACCCGGCCAUGUGGCCGCCACAGCAGCUUCAGAUGAUGCAGCACUACCAGCAGCAGCUCCAGGGCAUGCAGCCCGCGGCCGCCGACGGCACCGCAGCGCAGCAGGCGACGUCGACGCAGCAGGCCAACCAAGCGGCGCGCAACGGCGUCGACGUCUAA